CCUGUUAGGCUACUGAGGCAUCUUAGCAACAGCUUGAGUCUCAGGUGAAGGAUUGUGACAUACUUCAGACUCCUGAACGGUUCCACUUUCUUUUUUUCUUUAUUAAUAUCACGGUCAUUUCUCAUAUCACGUUUGAGUCUCUCGCUCUUUAGAGCGACUUGCCUCCCAAACCCUCCUGGCUAUACAGCAAAUGGCCGCCUCACAGGAGAUGACAGCGUCUCAGCCAACCUGCAGGAAACACAAGGCUCCCUUGUGCCUGUACUGUGUGGAGAUGGAAGAACUGGCCUGUGAAGGCUGUAGAGAGGCUUACGGCCGCAAAAAGUAUCGCUUCUGGCCAUCGCAGGAAGCCGCCAAAGAACACAAGGUGGUCCUCACAAUUUCUCGGGAGAAACUGCUGAAAAAGGUGGAAGGACAUGAGAAAGCUCGCAGAGUCUUCACUGACAUGGCCAAGCAUCUGAAGGGCCAGGCCCAGCAGACGGAGAGAGAGAUGAAAGACGAGUUUGAGAAACUCCAUCGGUUUCUGCGCGAAGAGCAGGAGGCCAGGAUCGCCGCGCUGAAGGAGGAAGAGGAGCGGAAGAGCGGGAUGCUGAAGGAGAGGAUUGAGAAGAUAACUAAAGAGCUGCCCUCCAUCUUAGACACAAUCAGCACCAUAGAGAAGGAACUGCAAGCUGAAGACAUCGCCUUCCUGCAGAACUACAAGACCACAAUUGACAAAACAUGGCGCGCCCUGCAGGAUCAACAAAGCCAGCCUGGUGCAUCCAACUUCAUGACCCAAUUAGCUGAGCUGAUGAAACUACCAGGCCAGGUCCAUGCUGAUACAGUGCAAAGGAUGUGCAAACCACCUCAGGAACCUGAGCUCAUUACUGGAGCCCUGAUCGACAUGGCCAAACACCUGGGCAAUCUCAAGUUCAGGGUCUGGGAGAAGAUGCAGGGGGCUGUUCAGCACACUCCUGUUAUUCUGGACCCCAACACUGCUGCUCCAUGUCUCACUCUGUCUGAGGGACUGACCAGUAUGAAGUUCUGUACGGACAACCCUCAGCUCCCCGACAACCUGGAGAGGUUCACCCUCGGAAUUUUGGGGUCCCAGUGCUUCACCUCCGGGAAACACCAGUGGGACGUGGAGGUGGGGGACAACUCCAACUGGGCGGUGGGAGUGGCCACACAGUCUGUUGUGAGUAAGGGCCGGAACGUCCAGCCGCGUCAAGUGCGGGGGGUUUUAGCCCUGUGUUUUGUGAAUGGAAAAUACCAGGUGAAAACAACACACCUCCCCAUCCCGUGGAGGCUGCAAAGGGUGCGCGUGGAGCUGGACCGGAGCAGCGGAAACGUGACCUUCUCCGACCCGGUCCGUAACCGCCCCGUCUUUACUGUCGACGUUCAUUACACGGAGCCGGUGUUUCCGUACUUCCGCAGCUCCUGCGAGGAGCACCCCCUGCGGGUCGCUCCGGAGAGGGUCAGCGUCAGCGUCCAAGCUCCAACGCAAGAAGAACAAGGCCUUUUCCCUCAAAUAUUUAACUGGUAUUUGUAGAACAAUUUGGAAUUAAAAGCCAAAAGGUACCGCUACGGGCGGAUAAGUCUUUUGCAGACAACAUUCCUUACAUAAGUAGCAUGGAAAUGUAUUGUUUGACCAAUCAGCAAUGUGCCCAUUAAGUGCACAGCCAAUCAGAAGUGAACUUGCUACACCAGAAUGAACACUGGAAACUUGGAGUCCUCCUGCUUAGAAAUGGCAUACUUUUGAAAAAAGCUAAAUUUUGCUACAUUUCUGGUAAUACAUUUUAUAUCUUUGUAUCUUAGAUACCUUAUUUUAUGUUAUGGUGCUGGUACUGUAAGACGGUGGAUUGGUUAUUUGGCGUGAAUUAUAGGGCUGGUGUCACAGACAGAGAUUAGGCUAAAUUACAGUUUGAAUGGAGAUUCUCCUGACAACACUCAUUCCAGUCCUAGAUAAGGCUUCAUGGAGUAAUGGAGCAACUAUCAAAAUCUAGCUGUAACACAAGGUGCUGGUGAGUAAGGGCGUGUCCAACUCAAUUCCAUUAAAGGCUUUAAUGCAA